ACAAUAUUAUGGUUAAUUCUUGUUUAUAAUAUUAGUCGAGUGUUUUCUUCGAUUGUAGAAAUUGAUAAGAUCGUUAAAUUUUACACUCUUCAAUCAGAUGUUCAGUUAAGUGAUAUUUGUAGAAAACAAAGUGAUAUAUUUUACAAAAAUUUGAUAGCUGGUGAAUCGAAUGAAAAUGAAUGGGCUAAAGAAAUGAUGGACGCUUCAUCUAAAAUUCAAGCUGGAAUUUAUUUUGGAAAUAUAGCUGAUUUAGGAUCAUUUGAUGAAUGUUUACGAAUUCGUAAUGAAGAAGAAAAAAUUAAAGGAAAAUAUUGUCUAGCAAAAUUAGACAUACCAAUGCUGCAUAACGGAUCUAAUGAUAAUGAGGAGACUGAUUCACAUUCAACGUAUGAUCAUAAAAUGCGCUGGUCAAUUUGUGUUCCCGAUGGCUGUACAGCUGAAGAUGUAGAAGCACAUUUAAACAGCUACGAUCAAAAUUUAAAUUUUACGCUUAAAGAAGAUCAGUGCCAGACAAUCGAAUCCCAACUAAAACUCAAUUCUAGUGAUUGGAUCAUUAUAGGAAUUUUAAUAGGCUUAGCCUGUGUAAUUCUUUUGAGUACAAUUUACGACAUUUUUCUUCACUAUAUCACAAAAGAUCCGGUACAUCCCCUAACUGUUGCAUUUUCAUGGUUCACCAAUUUCAAAAAAUUAACUCAAAUAAAUAAUAAUUCUGAUGUAUUACCUUGUUUAAACGGAAUUCGAGUGCUCAGUAUGUUUUGGAUUAUUCACAGUCAUGAAAUUUUAUAUGCGUCAGAAAGUCCUAUGAUUAAUAUGAAAGAAGCGAAAGAAAUUUGGCUUACCCACAUAUGGUCUUUGUUCACACUCUCAAGUAGUGUGGCCACAGAUACAUUCCUUUUCUUAAGUGGCUUACUUAUAAUGUAUGGAUUUCUUAAAUCACGAGCUAAGAAAAUCCCUUUUAACAUUCCCAUAUUUCACAUGCAUCGAUAUCUUAGAUUAACACCAUCCUAUGCAGCUCUAAUAAUAUUAUAUUUAACAUUGUACAUGAAACUUGGUAGCGGUCCAAUUUGGGAAACAUGUAAUCAACGAUUACAAGACAAUUGUAAAGAAUUUUGGUGGACUAGUUUGUUAUAUAUUCAGAAUUUUGUAAAUGCUGACCGAGUUUGUGCAGAUCAAUCUUGGUAUUUAUUCGUCGAUAUGCAGUUAUACAUAUUGUCUCCAUUAAUAUUAAUACCUAUUGAUAAAUGGCCUAAAAUCGCACCAUAUUUAUUUGGAAGUCUUGUAGCGGCAUUUACAAUAAUUCCUACAACAGUUGCAUGGUAUUAUGACAUACAAGUAAUUUCAACAAAUAGGGUAAUCAAUGAUUGGAAUAAAAUAUAUUAUGGUCAAGUACAUACCAGAGGUGGACCCUGGAUGAUUGGUUUAGUAUUGGGCUAUAUUUUGUUUCAAACGAAACAUAAAAAAAUUCGAAUAAAUAAGAUUUUGGCGGCAUUUUUGUGGCUAUUCACAGUGUUAGCCAUCUUAUAUAUAAUUUUUGGAAUAUAUCCCAAAUUCGAUUUCCAAUAUAGCAAACUAUAUAGUAUCAUUUACAUUGGAUUCCAUAGAAAUGUAUGGGCUUUGGGCUUAUGUUGGAUAGUUUUUGCUUGUGUACAUGGCUACGGAGGUCCAGUUAAUUGGUUUUUAUCAUUAUCAGUAUUUCAAUUCCUUGCGAAAAUUACCUAUGCUACGUAUAUAUUAAGUGAAGGUUUUCAAAAUUAUAAUCGUGGAAUUUUACGAGUACCAGUUGUUUUUAAAAAUUUUUAUUUUUUAAAAUCGUUCUUUAGCACCACAUGUUUCUGUACUGUGUUAUCCAUAAUCUGGGUACUCUGUUUUGAAGCUCCAUUUGGUAUCAUUGAUGGAGUGAUCAUAAAAGCAGUUUCAAAUAUAGCGAGGAAAGAAAAUGUCAAGAGAGAAAAAGUAAAACAAGAUACUUAAUAUAACGACAAGAACAUAUAUAUGUAAGGACAUGAAACCUCUUAUGCCGAGCUUUAAGCAACCGUGACUGAAUUCACGGCGCCUAGAAUAUCUGGGCGAGGUCUACUCAUCGGUCGUUGUGUACUUUGAACUAAGCAUCAGGCUGUCUAAGUGAUUGAAAACAAAAGACAAACAAUUAAAAACAAAAGACAGCCUGAUGCUCAGUACAAAGUACGCAACGACCGAGGACUGGACCUCCUCGCACUAUUGGCGCCUUUUUCUUCCUGCUACCCUUUCUCCAUUCAAGUUUCAUGUCCUUAAAUAUAUAAAAUGUUCUUGGCUGACGGUUAAAUAAAAGUCGUUCUAGUAAUUUAAAAAAAAAAUUAAUUAAUUUUAAUUACCUGUUACUUCUAAUCGACUUGGUUCAGCCAUUCAAAACAAUGUAUUAUUCUACUUUCGUUUUU